CAAAUUGUGUUUUGUUGACAUAUGUUUGUGAAACACAAAACAGUGGAAGCCCACGAAUGAUCUCUAGCUAUUUAUCUGGCCAGCUACUGUUAGUUAGGUUGUUAUCAACCCUUAAUAGCUAUUAGUUAAAUAUAUAAUAUUGGUUAUUCCAAUAGCUCGACAAAUAACGUUGAAGUCCAGGCCACUUGAAUUUAGAAUUCUGCGAAUGGACCGUGAAGGGAACAAUAACGUUAAUAGCAUUACAUCAAGGCAAGGAUAAACGAGUAACGUUAACUGACUGGCAAGCAAGAAAAUAAGCUGAUCGAGGAGGUACAGGGGAGAAUGUGAAGGACAAUGGCGAACUUUGAAGCUUACCAGGAGUACCAGCGGAUUGAUGACUUUGAGGAGGACUCACCUCCCGGGGAGGAGGACCUAUUAGUGCAUGUGCCAGAGGGCCUGAGUGACUCAUGGCACCAUAUCAAGAAUCUGGACAACUUCUUUACAAGAAUCUAUCAGUUUCAUCAGAAAAAUGGCUUUGCUUGUAUGAUGUUAUCAGAGUUCUUUGAACUUUUUCAGUUCCUGUUUGUGGUCACUUUCACAACAUUCCUCUUCAACUGUGUGGAGUAUGAUAUACUGUUUGCCAACCGGGCAGUGAACCACACAGGACCUAGCCAGAACCCCCUGGACAGAAACAAGGUCUCUCUGCCUGAUGCCAUCCUACCAAGCCAGCAGUGCACUGAGAGGAUCCAGGAGAACAGUUGGAUCAUCUUCCUGCUCAUCAUGGCGACCAUCUUCUGGGUCUACCGGAUGAUCAAGGUCUUCUGCAACAUCCUCAGCUACUGGGAGAUACGCCAGUUCUACAUCAAAGCACUGAAGAUCAGCAUGGACGAGCUGUGUAACUUCACAUGGCAGGAGGUCCAGGACCGUCUGAUCAGCCUGCAGCGGGAGCAGCAGAUGUGUAUCCACAAGAAGGAGCUAACUGAGCUGGACAUCUACCACCGCAUCCUGCGAUUCAAGAACUACAUGGUGGCCAUGGUCAAUAAGUCCCUGUUACCUGUACAGCUUCAGCUCCCCCUUCUGGGAAACCUGGUGUUCCUCACCCAGGGCCUCAAGUACAACUUUGAGCUGAUUCUCUUCUGGGGUCCGGGGUCGCUGUUCCAGAACAAAUGGAACCUGCACCCUAAGUACAAGCGAGCAGGGAACCGUCUGGAGCUGGCUCAGCAGCUGAGCCGGGUCAUUCUUCUACUAGGCGUGGCCAACCUGCUCCUCUGCCCCUUCAUCCUGGUGUGGCAGGUGCUCUACGCCUUCUUCAGCUACACCGAGGUCAUCAGGAGGGAGCCAGGGAGUCUGGGAGCACGCCGCUGGUCUAUGUUCGGCCGCCUCUACCUGCGCCACUUCAAUGAGCUGGACCACGAGCUGCACGGCAGGCUAGGCCGCGGCUACAAGCCCAUCUCCAAGUACAUGAACUCGUUCACCUCGCCGCUCCUCACCGUGCUGGCCAAGAACGUGGCGUUCUUCUCGGGCUCGGUGCUGGCCGUGCUCAUCGCACUGACCGUAUAUGAUGAGGAUGUCUUGACCGUGCAGCACAUCCUGACCGCCAUCACCGUGCUGGGAGUGGUUAUCACCAUCACCAGGUCCUUCAUCCCAGACGAACACAUGGUGUGGUGCCCGGAGCAGCUGCUGCAGUGUGUGCUGGCUCACAUCCACUACAUGCCAGACCACUGGAGGGGCAACGCCAACAAGAGCGAGACCCGGGACGAGGUGGCACAGCUGUUUCAGUACAAAGCGCUGUUUAUCCUGGAGGAGCUGCUUAGCCCCAUCGUCACGCCCUUCAUUCUCAUCUUCCUCCUGAGGAACAAGUCCCUGGAGAUCAUUGACUUCUUCAGGAACUUCACUGUGGAGGUAGUUGGGGUCGGAGACAUCUGCUCCUUCGCACAGAUGGACAUCCGUCGUCAUGGAAACCCUCUGUGGAUGUCUGAGGGCCAGACGGAGGCGUCUGUGUACCAGCAGGCUGAGAACGGCAAGACUGAGCUGUCCCUGAUGCACUUCACCAUCAAGAACCCCCGUUGGCAGCCCCCCCAGGAGAGCUCAGUGUUCAUCAGCCAUCUGAAGGAGAAGGUGCACCAGGACGCCCAGGGAGGACCCCCUACCCAGCUGCUGCUCUCUGAGGCCCCGCUCUGCUCCUCACUGCUCUCCAACGGGUCCGGCAAUGAACCUGACAACCUAUUGGCAAGUGUCCUGGCCCACCCUGUGCUGACCGCGUCAGGCCUACCAGGCCGAGACCGCCGCUUCGUUCCUCCCAGCACGGCUGCCUCUGCCGCCGCCAGCGUCCUGGCCUCGCUAUCCAGCUCCCACUCUCAGCUCCCCCACGCCAGCCGCUCCCGCUCGCAUGUCCAUCUGCCUUCCACCCACCCCGACAGCACCAUGUACUGCAGUGACCGCACCAUCAUCGACAGCAUGUCAGCCAGUGAUUCUCGAAUGAAGAGCACUACAUUGCUUUCAGAGUUUGCCUCGGCUGAGAUGAGUCUCCAUGCUAUUUACAUGCAUGAGGUCCACCAACAGAACUCGCUCCCCCACCAGAGGACAUUCGGCCAGUGGCAGAACCCAGUGCCAAUGAGAGAGCUAGGCAGCAACGCUGGUUCUCAGAUGCACAGCGUCCACACAGCAGUCAGCCUGUCUAAUAUGCCCACCCCGCUGUGUCUGGGAGGCUGGACGGAGGAAGAGGAGGGGGAUGCAGAGGAAGAGGAAAUCCUCAACAGCGGGUCGACUCCUAAACAGGACUCUAGGAGUAGCUAUUGAAGUGCCUUAAAUAAAUAGUGUUUACACUUUCCUUUCUGGAUGAACAUUGUGGCCUUAGAUGAUCUUUUUGGAGUAUAGGAUAGAUAGGACCUUUAUGACGUCACACAGCACAGGCAGCUGGGGAACUCAUUGGAUAACCACUGUCUCCAUGCCUCUCCUCCUAUCAUAUCAAGAGGUGUUGUCGUCAGGGAAACCAACUGUAUGUCUUCCGUCCCUCUCUCCAUGUCAUUGUUUUGUUAUAGACUGUAUUUACAUAGCUCAUAGAGGUGUGUGUGUGUGUGUGUGUGUGUGCGUGUGCGUGUGUGCGUGCGUGCGUGCGUGCGUUGGGACUCUGGGAAAGAGUGGCAUGCACAGCUAGGACACUUGCAGGGCAGGCUUGAGCAUGGUACGUAGCAAAACCUGUCACACUUUUGUUACGUAUUCAUGUUUUUUAUAUAUAUAUAUAUAUAUAUAUAUAUAUAUAUAUAUAGAUAUAUAUGUGUGUAUGUGUUUGAUUUGUGCAUUUGGGAGGUUUACAAUGUGGGUCUGGGUUCACUUUCUCAUGGUGGAAAUGGUGUCUUUCCUGGUGCUGAAGAGUGAAGGUGUAUCAUACUAGCUGCCUGACCAUUUUCACUACAUGAGGAAAGUUAAGUGCAAAAUUCUACAUUGGCGUAUUUGGCCCUUACUUAUUGCUUGACAUUUGUAAAUACACUUUAGCAUCUUACCUCUAUAUGAAUAUUUAAGUUUUGUUGUUUUUAGUCCUUGGGGCAGUUUUAAUCCUUGGGGGAGAUGAAAAGUACUGAAAACAGUGACAUGAAGCAGGCUGCAACUAUACUACUGCUACUACAGAUAGGACCCCACAAGAAAAUCUGACAAAAGCCUACAGAUGGGCUAGAUUAAUUAACCACAAUUGUAAACUGGAUAAAAUCUAAUUAAAAGCUGCUGUCUGAUUUAAAUGGGCCUAAUAUUAUUCUCUUUCUUUAAAAUCUUGGGUGACUCUAAGACAGGAUUCAACAUAUAAUAACUUGAUUAUUUUGUAUCAAAGUAUCUUCCAUGUACAGUCUCCACUGGCAACAGGGGUGUUAUACUUGACAAAGGUACAUACAUCAAGAUUACAUAUUUGCCGAAGCAGUAACUACAUUGUUGUGGGUAGGUAUGAGAAUAAGCAAUGGAGGGUUGCAUAAUAUGUACAGUAAAUCAAGAAGUGUUGUUGUAUACAAUGAUUUUGCAUGUACUGCUCAACAUUUUGUUUACGAAUCACUUUCCCCUAUGUACACACAAGUGAACUUUAUUAUUAUUUUGCAAUUUCAGCAAUCAGAUCUUGAGGGUUAAACCUGAUGGUUUUCUGUUCUACCUGAUAGUUAAUUGCACUCACUUGGUGUCCCCGGUCUAAAUUAGUCCCUGAUUAGAGGGUACAAUGAAACAAUACAGUGGAACUAACUUUGAAAUCCAGAGUUGAGAUUGAGGGUUAGAGAGGAUGAUGUGAGCUGGCCAAUCAGCGGUCUACUCACAUUAAUAUUUUUAAUGACCUGUUAUACACCCACACCAUUCUGUUGUUGGGGUAUGCCAACACCAUUCUGUUGUUGGGGUAUGCCCACACCAUUCUGUUGUUGGGUAUGCCCACACCAUUCCAACAGAGAAUAGCAUUCUUUUUUUAAAGAAUUUUACAUACUUCAUUCAAAAAAUGUGGAAGGAAAACAACUAUUUCACUCAUGUUGUAAUGAAUUAUGUCAUAUUUCAUAGAAAUCUGGAAACUGGAGAGUUACUUUAAUAUAUUUCAUUUAGUAUUUAUUGUUGAAAAAUUAUCUUUAUAGUAAAUACAUUCAUACCAAAUAUGAUUGGGAUCUAAUGUUAAUAACUGAAUGUCUUAACAGAAAUCUUGAAGGUGCCCCAUGUAAAUCUAACUUGUUUUCCUUAAUGUAUGUCUCAUACAACAUUGAACAAAACUGAUUUUUGGAAUCUUUUUGUUAAAUUGCCUUUGACAAAACAUAUUUGGAUAUGCAACUUUGACAUGAAACAGUCCUUCAUGCGUGGUUCAGCACCCCUUGCUGGUUUCAUCAGUACAAUACAACUCAAAGGAGAGCAAACUUGUCUGCAUGUAAAUGCUGAAUGUAACCCAGCCAUCAUCCCUAGAAAUAAGUGGCAUGAUGUAUCAUUGGUACUGUAGCCAGAAUGGCUUAUUGAAACAUUACACAAAAGCUCCAUUACUGCAUCCAUGUCCCACUGAUACAAUAACCUAGUCCACACCUAUAUGUAUAUCUCUGUAUCCUCCACAACAUUUUAGUCAUUUAGCAGCUGCUCUUAUCCAGAGCGACUUACAGUAGCGAGUGCAUACAUUUUUGUUCUGGUCCCUCGGUGGGAAUCAAACCCACAACCCUGGCAUUGCAAGCACCAUGCUCUACCAACUGAGCCAAACAGGACCACUAUUGUAAGACUUUAGAGAGUAUAUGUGUUUGACGACUUUUUCCCUUCAUUUCGUUUUGUUCAUUUGUGUUUUGAAGUGGUGUGGAUGUAGACAUCAACCCCACUAUGCUAAGCUAACGUUGACUCAAAAAGUUUUGCACUGAUUGAAAAUAAAAAUUAUAUUGAUAGAGACCUGCAUCAAACUAAAUUUUAGAUCAAGCCGAGGUCUCAAAGGAACAGUGAGUGGAACUCCCAUCCUGAAUGGCCUCUCUCACUGUAUAUAUAAUAACCAUAUGUAGGAUUGUUAUCAUCCAUAACGUGGGCCUAUCACAGACCUGAUUGUUGUUACCUCUGGUCAGCAAAGGUUCACCAAUUAGUGGGAAAUGUCUGUCAAUGUUUUAAGUAACAUUAUAGGCCUAGUCAAUGCCACAUAUGGUAUUGCUGUUGGUGUUCCAUUUGUUUUACUGAUGUAAUGAUUUUUAGGGGAGACAUGGUAGUUCAUGAGUCUUGCCAGUUUCCGUAGCUAGAUUGCACUGCCUCUCCCUAUCUUUUUUUAUUUUAUUAUUUUGCUUCUUUUUGAGCAGUGCCUUAGGGUUAGCUUUAGUUCUUAUUAGAAACCAUUGAAACCGUCAGAGCUAAUUUUACUUUGUAUUUUAGCAGCACAUAAUGUACAGUAUUUCUUUUGGCAGGAUUGUCAUGUUUUGGCACCAAGUAUACAGUGGGAAUUGUAUUCUAAUAUUGUUGGUGAGUCCUGUGUAACAUUAACUACAACAGACUGAUAUUUGACAUCAAAGUAGUCAAAUGACUUUCACCUGAUGACAGAAUUAAUCUGAUCAAAGUGUUUCGUUCUGUACUGUCUGCCUCCACAGUCCAAAAUAAUCAGUUGGGGAGUGGAAAUGUUCUAUACCCUUUUCAUUUAUGUUUAAUUAUUAUUUAAUUCCAUCCUUGAGGCUCCCCAUUCAAUAUCAUCGCUUCUUAUCCACUACAAACCAGUCCCCCAAAAAACAAAAACAUUUUGACUGGUACAAGGUGCUACGUUUUCAUAUUCUAGUGUUGAAUAGAUUUUGAGCCAUCUAUUCUUUGUUACUUAGGUUUGUUCUUUUUGUUUGUUUUGUUUAAUUUAAGAAACACUAGCUGAGAAUGAACAAUGCCAAAAUAACUUGUUUUCAGCAAAGCUUUAUCAUACACAUUUUAUUUGUUUUCUGUAACUGAAUAGGCAAAGGAAUUCUUAUUGUGUGUAUUUAAUCAUUGAAGUGUGUCCCAAGAUCUAAUGUACUUGAUUUGAAAUAAAAAAUGUAAUAUACA